AUGUGCCAGGCGGAUUGCUUGCAGCAAUACCGAUUAAAGCAGGGCUGCCCUAUGCAUGACUCCCCAUUCUGUCUUCAGAAUGAAGAUUCCCAGGAAGAGGCUGAUGAUGGUGGUUUGCAAGAGAUGGAGAUUGAGGCAGCAAUGGAAGCAGAGGCUGUGGCUGAGGGGGUAAAAAGAAAGACCAGAGAAGAGGCAGCUUCGCCUGUCCGUGCGGGUGGGGGCCCAGCGGGCAAGAAGUUAACAACCAACGCAAGCCCACCAGCAGGACAACGCAGCCCAGUGCCGCCCACCCAAAGGUCCCCAAGCCCAGAAAGCCCUCCCUUCACACAGGGUGGAAGUGAAGCAGCCCGCUUGUCCAUUCCAAGCUUUGGGAUUGACAUCUACGACCUGAGUCAGACCAGCAAGGCAUCUACCACGGUGAAGGAUCCUAUGCACGACGCCAUAUCAAAUUACUUGGCUUGCAUGGAUGAAGCACAAAGCCUUUCAUUCCUUCACACCACGAGCACAUAUCAAGGGCUUGGAAGCCCGGAGGCUUCUUAUCAAACCGUUCUGAAUGCAGCCUUGAAAGACCCCAGGGUUGCUGUGGCAUCAGACUUUGCCUUCCGAACUCGAGAAGUGCUGCCCGCGCCUUUCGGAGUCAGCUUGAGAACCAUUGCCCGCAAGGAAGGUUGGGAGCCUGAGACAUUCAUGGCGCCGAUCCUCAGCAACAUUGGCACGCGGCUUCGAUUGCAGCCUGAUGAGGAGCACCAACGUGGCUGCGUAGUCCAGAUUGUUUGCGCAGGUGACCCCAGCAUGCGCAAGAGUUCUUUGAAGGAUUUUACCAGCAAAAAGCUUCUUUCCCAUGCAGAUGUCCCUGCUGUCAUCAAGGCAGGUCUGCACUACGGCAACAAAGAAAAGAUGUGCACUUGGCUGAACUGCGAAGGUGACAAGACAGUCACUGGAGAUGGUGCCACUGCGCUGACUCAUUACAUCUUCGUUCACCACGUGUAUGGACAGGUGUCGCUUUGUGAGUAUGUGCUCCAGCCGACUGCAAGCAUGUUUUCCAAGAGAAUCCAUGCGACGUGGCAAACAAGGCCAGUGACAAGUGACCCUGAUCAGCAGAGCCAGUCCAGCAAAGAGUUUCUGAUUGACUUCUUUGGUUGGAUGGGGCGCGUGGCAAGCAACCAGGACAAAGACCACUAUUUUGACAAGUUCGCCUUGCCCGUGCUCAGGAAGGCUUUGCAGGGAAUCUCCGACUUCUUGCACGAGAAUCACGAGAAUGUAGAAUACCACUUUCAGAAGGAGAAAGAAGAAAAACCAGCAAAGUACGUCUUGGCAGCAGUCAAAGACCUCUUGAAAGUUGGCAUCUUGCAAGAGGUUGACAAGAAGGAAGUGGAAGAGCAGGCGCCCAAACUUAAGGAGAAGAAAAGCGCCAAGAGCAAGGAGGCCACGCUAAAGAGCGAGCCACGAGGUGCCGAUGCUAAGUGGCACCAGGACAACGGCUUCUACCUUAGGGAUUCAGCAGAUGCUGAUGCCAGCAUGCGUGAUGUUGGUAC